GGACUUGAUGCUCCCAAGGUCUCCCGUCUCCACAAGCCAAGCAUUGAUAAGUGCCGACAUGGCGCACACACCACAUCUUAGCAGUAUGCCAGGUCGAUACUGCAGAAAAUUGAUUGCCAAGCAACAUGGGAUUCCCUGCUUGCCAUAUCAUCUGCGCCGCCAUCGGCUUUGGCCUCUUGGGAGCGGCCAAGGGACUGGACGAGGGCCUCAUCGCUAUUACAGUGAACCUGCCCUCGUUCGUCCAUGAGUAUGACCUUCAUGCCAGCGACCUGAGUGCUGCUGCAAAGGCGAACCGAUUAUCGAACAUCACCUCGAUGGUUCACCUAGGGAGUCUGCCUGCCGCCGUGCUCGCCUUUCUGUUCAGUGACUGGAUCGGUCCACUCUGGACAAUGCGGCAAUUGUGUUUGCUCUGGAUUAUCGGUGUGGUCAUUGUCAUCACUUCAGCAGGAGAAUCCGGCCAGCUCAUUGCUGGUCGCUUCAUCAUGGGUUUAGGCAUCGGCCAGGCGGGUAUUAUCGGUCCCAUCUACCUCGCGGAAGUGGCACCCACGGCCUGGCGAGGGCUGCUGGUCGGCAUUUAUGCCUCCUCCGAAUACAUCGGGAUUGUAAUCGGGUACUUCGCUGGAUACGGUGCCUCCCUCCACCUGCCAAACGACAGCGACCAGCAAUGGAUCGUUCCCCAAUCCUGCCAGAUCAUGCUAUCCGGCGUGCUGCUACUCUUCUCUCUCGGCUGUGUCGAAAGCCCCCGAUACCUGUGCAAAACACAUCGCACCGACCAGGCCGCCCGGGCUCUGGGGCGCUUGCGCCGACUCCCCUCGGACAGUCCCAGCAUCAUGGACGAACUCCAAGUGAUUCAAAAACAGGUCGCUGCCGAUGAGGCCAAAGAUAAAUGGCCAUUACUGGAACCAUGGAAGCUUCUUUUCGGUCAAGCCGCCAAUCGCUCCCGACUGUUAUUCUUAAUUUCCGCGCAACUACUCAGUCAAUGGUCAGGAACGAAUGCCAUUACCACAUACGCGCCAAAAUUCUUUUCUCUCCUCGGAGUAACCGGCACAUCCGAAAAGCUGCUGAAAACCGCCAUCUUCGGAGCCGUGAAACUCGCCGCGGCACUAAUAUGUGCCUUUUUCUUCAUUGAUCAGAUCGGACGCAAGCGGUCGCUCAUGGCUGGGAUCACAUUGCAGCUGCUUGCUCUGCUCUACGUUGCUAUUUACCUUACCGUCACGUCCUCGCUGGGUUCAGACGCACACUCGGAGGAUGUCCACCGCGCGGCCAUUGCCGCGAUCGCCUCAAUUUACGUGACGGGCAUCGGCUAUGCAUUUGGUUGGAACUCGGUGCAGUAUCUGAUCAACGCGGAGAUGCUUCCCUCGUCUGUGCGGACACUCGGCACGAGUAUUUUGAUGUGCAUUCACUACGCUAAUCGAUUUGCCCUGACCAAGGCCGUUCCGACCAUGAUGUUAGCCGAUGCACUCCAACCGAAGGGCACAUUCUGGUUUUUCUUCGUGGUCGCGUUCUUGGGAUUCUUGUGGGGAAUGUUUCUGCUGCCGGAGACAUCGCGCAAGAAUUUGGAGGAAACAAGUGAGAUGAUCAGAUAAAGAGCUAUACACUCCUUGUCUAAAAUCCCACUCAUAUUUCUUCAUCGCGGUACUCAACUACCACCAACUUAUUCUCUCACCACCUCACAGGGCACUGUGACUUUGGCGUGUCGAAUUUUAAAAGUUGUACAUUGAUUAAAAUCCAUUCAGAGAUUUUGUAUAUAUUUCGUUAACUCAAAGAAAGAC